UCAAAACCUUUGCAUUUCUUCAAGUAAAAGAUGAACUGCUUUGGGGUAACUUUAUUGAUUUGUCUUAAUAUUUUUUUGUUCAGCUGGGGAGAGACUGUCAUAAGUAAUGUCAAGCCUUGUUCAUCUAAGGACACAAGGAAUGUUGGAGCUGUGGAGGAACCACGCAAGGCAGAAGAGAAAAAUAAAUCUGCAGAUAUUUCAAAACAAAAAGAACAAUGCCUCAUACCAUGUGAUGUUCAAGCUAAAAUUUUACGAGGGGAAAGACAUUACAUGUGCAGAAAUUUGCAGAACUCUCUUGUUGAAUAUGCAAGAAGUACAAAAAAACUGGUAAGAAACAUGAUGGAUGAUCAACAGUCUUCUUUGGAUUACCUUUCUAAUCAGGUGAACGAACUCAUGAACAGACUUCUUCUUUUGAACGCCGAAGUUUUGAGAAAGCAUUUGGAUCCACUUCCUUACAAAGCAGUUCAAUCUCAUGGGUUGGAUUGCACUGAUAUUAAAGAUACCGUUGGUUCAGUUUCAAAAACUCCAACUGGUCUGUACAUUAUCCAUCCAGAAGGAUCAAAUUAUCCUUUUGAGGUUUUAUGUGACAUGGACUUUCAAGGAGGUGGAUGGACUGUGGUUCAGAAAAGAACUGAUGGAAUCAUUCCAUUUCAGAGAACAUGGUCUGAAUAUCUGGAUGGAUUUGGUGACCUUUCUGGGGAAUUUUGGCUUGGACUGAGGAAGAUUUUUCACAUAGUAAAUCAAAAAGCUACUAGUUUCAGUCUUUAUGUGGAUUUGGAAUCAGAAAAUGACAAGCAUGCCUAUGCAUCAUAUGAUGGAUUUUGGAUAGAGGAUGAAGCAUGUUCUUUUAAGAUCCAUUUGGGGCGUUAUUCAGGAAACGCUGGUGAUGCAUUUAGAGGAUAUAGAAAAGAAGAUAACCAGAAUUCCAUGCCUUUCAGCACGUUUGAUGUUGAUAAUGAUGGAUGCAGGCCAAUGUGCACUAUUAAUGAACAACCUGUAAAGAGCUGCAGUAACUUCAGUGAUAACACUGGGUGGUGGUUCAACCAGUGUGGCCUUGCAAAUCUUAACGGCGUUCAUCGCUAUACAGGUAGAUUUCUUGCAACUGGGAUUCACUGGGAUACAUGGACAAUGAACAAUAAACUAGUCAAAAUUAAAUCAGUUUCAAUGAAAAUUCGGAGAACUUAUAAUCCAUAUUUCCAUUAA